GUCGCCGCGUGAAUGAUCCUGCGUACGGCGGCGUAAACACCGAGCGCGGAUUCCAAGAAAUGACGUAGCGCCGUCAACACCUCGGUCGAAAAACAAUCUAUUGGAAUCCGCCCUCGUACUACGGCGCCGUAAACACAGUAGAAAAACCGCGGGCGGAUUCCAAUAGAUUGUUUUCGACCGAGGUGUUCACGGCGCUACGUCACUUCUUGGAAUCCGCGCUCGGUUUUUACGAUGUUUACGCCGCCGUACGCAGGAACAUUCACGCGGCGACAGUCGAAUUGAUCGCUUCGCAUAUCGUAUUAUUCUUUCUUCGUACGCGUUCGCGACAAGUGCGGGAAGAAAUCGCGGUCGCUCUCUGCGAACAAUCAAUGAUCGAUAUCAUCGUGCGCGAUCGUUGAAUUCCCGUGAUUUGUGUCAGUGAUUUGUGCGGGUGUCAGUGCGACGAUAUAAUCGAACAGUUCGCAGUGCGCAAUCGAACUCAUUGUCAGUGACAAUCGGACACAGUGAAAACCGAAAAAGUGGAAUUUGGAUACAGUGAGGGCACAGAUUAAUAGACAGAUCGCCAAAGGCCCGGGUGAAGACGAGACCACCUGCACACUUUGCCCCUUACCGCCAGCGCUGCCCCUAGAAGCGAGUCUGUACUAAAUACAAUCCGAUUUUAUCGAUAGAAUUGACUAAAUUUAGCCUGGACUCGCACCAAAAGGCCAAAAUUGUAAAUAAGGCAAAGUGUGUAGUGAAGUUUAUUAAUGGUGUCUAUUAAUCUGUGGUGAACGUGACAAUUUUGUGAUUUUCUCGCGAAAGCGGUCCGAAAUACUCCACUUUUCCUUCUAAUACCGAUCGUCGUCAACACAGAACGACACCGUCGGUAAACUCCAGCAAUUACUCCGGAAUGAUACAGGCGUAGUAAAACGCCGCCGGGGUUACGUCUAAUUAUCGCACGUGUGUAACCUGCAAGAGGAUACCGUGAAGUUGACCAAUUCCCACCUGAAGAUCUCGCAAUGCUUUCGGACUGAACGAACCGCGAUCGAUUAUAAUGCGAAAUACGCUCGCGGCUAAAUUGCUCGCACGCCGAAUUUACCUGAUCUCAUCGAUCCUCACGCCGUGUCGCAGUAAGUACUCGCACAUACCUAGGCACGUGCUGAAGAUGAACGAGGCAUUUCUCCGCUACGAGAGCGGCAACGAUACGUUCGACAUCUCGUUUCGCUAUGUGGACGAGACGGCGAAGCUCGACCGUCAGUUCAACUUUUCCCGGCAAGCCGCGGAAAGCGUCAACAAUUUCCUCAAAAGGGUCGACACGAAUGUUUGCAAAAUUAUAACCAAGAAGAUAGACAGAAAGAGGAAGAAAAAUCCUGCUGUGGAGUCGCCCGAUUUGGUAAAGGAUAAUGUGCAGACCGGGAAGAUCAUGCUUCUCAAGAAUGACGUCAAAGUUGAUGGCGAAACGUUAUGCGCGAGCCUUCUGCAGGACCCCGCGGAGUUAAAACUGGUCAUUUUCGAGAAGACCUUCUUGGUGAAGCUGAACGCGCCUUACAUUAUCAGUAUUUCGUUGCCCUCGAGCAUACUGGCAGGUUUUCCUGCCUAUCCAGCCAAGUUCGAGUCAUUGUACACCGACACGAAGCAAUCGACGUUCGACUGGUACAAAUCCGACGCUGCUAACAAGAAACUGAACAUGUGGACACACGUAGGCAGUGGAUACCUAUAUGUACCCAGCGUGGCCGACAUUGGCUGCCAUUUGAAGAUCAGUUGCGAACCGUGGAACGAAUCUGAUUCCGGCUGCAGGAUGGAAGUAGAGUCGAAGAAUGCCGUGGAAGCCGGGCCUGGACUAUGCCCGUUCGACAUCCGGCAUCAGUUCACGAAACACAAAUUAUCGGGCAGAAGUUUCAGGGUAAUAUGUUAUAAUAUACUGGCAGAUACGUACGCAGAUUCUGAUUUUUCUAAAGAUGUAUUGUUUCCGUACUGCCCACAAUAUGCGUUAGACAUGGACUACAGAAAGCAAUUGAUACUUAAAGAAAUAAUAGGUUUUAACGGUGAUAUAAUUUGUUUGCAAGAAGUGGAUAGAAGUAUGUACGAACAUGAUUUAUUGCCUUCUCUGUACAUGCUGAAUUACGACGGCAUGUUCGUUACGAAGCAUGAAAUUAGCGAAGGGCUCGCCACGUUUUUCAAUCAGGACAGAUUUGAGAAGAUGGGAUUUGAAUACAGUACAAUAGCUCAAAACGUUGAUUUUCCUAAAUUUGCUGACAUCUGGUCCAAAAUCGACAAUGACAAGAUAAAGGAAAGAUUUUUGGGCAGAAAUACGACCGUUCAGGUGACGACGUUACGAUCGAAAGAGAACCGAUCUGAGAUCUUGAUCGUCGGCAACACGCAUUUAUACUUUAAACCUGAUGCGGAUCAUAUACGUCUAUUGCAAGGAUAUUAUACGGUUACAUAUGUACAUGCUGUCGCGAGAAGAAUUCAGGAAGAGAAUCCCGAAUGUAACGUGAGCGUGAUACUUUGCGGAGAUUUUAACAGUGUGCCGGAAUGCGGCAUUUAUCAACUGAUGACUGAGAAUUACGUUCCGGAAACGUGCGAAGAUUGGAAAAGCAAUGCUGAGGAAGUUGUAAAAAACGUAUCUUUAACGCAGGACCUUUGCAUGUCUAGCGCUUGCGGCACGCCGGAAUAUACAAACUACACGCCAGAGUUCUCUGCCUGUCUGGAUUAUAUAUUUUAUGAGAGAGACAAGCUCGAGGUGGAACAAGUGGUCCCGAUGCCCAGUAAGGAGGAGCUUACCCUUCACACGGGUUUGCCGUCCGUGGUGUUUCCCAGUGAUCAUAUAUCUUUAUGCGCCGAUUUAAAAUUUAAAGGAUAAUUAAUGUUGAAAAUGACAAAAGCGCUACUUCUAAUAUUUCGUGAACAUAUUUUGAGAAUUUGUGCAAAUAAAAGGGCUUUUAAUCAUGGAGCGCUAACGUGAAAUCUUCAUUGCAAUCACUCAAACUCAUUGUUCUUAAGUGCUUUUCCAGUUUGGAAUAAUUCGAUGUUUAAAUUGUUUAUUUCAUCUUUAUACAACUUUAUAUCUUUACAUAAUUUAAGAAUGAAUUUUGUAUUUACAGAUUAAUUUAUUGUAUAUUGCGCAUCAAAGAUCAAGUGAAAGUUUGUUACAAUUUAGAGAUUAGGCUUCUUUUGGCAUUACAGAGAUAUUGAAGUAUCAUUCAAUCAUUGCAAUGUCACGAUUAGAAAGUCAUAUAAUCUUGACUAAUCGAGAAAAUAUCAUUUUUUGCAACGGAUACAUGCUGCGUAAUUUUAUAAUAAGUUGUUCAUAUCAGUCGGCACAUAGCAAACUUGUUCUCGAACAAUAAACAGACUAUAAGGAACACUAUUGAUUAGGAGAAAUGUAUUGUUCAAAAAUGCAAUUAGUUCCCGUAAUCUAGAACAGAUCCUUCAUUCCAGGUGCAUCACAUUAAUUUCAUUUAUCUCAUCAAAGUGUACAUUCAUAUUUCAGUAGUACGAAGGUACAAUAAAAUGACGGUUGCUUAUGUC